GCUAUCCCAUUCCUCUCCAACGCAGUCACUCCCUCCUUGCCUCUUUGUCCCUCUCACUCACUCAUCAGCAAAAUGGCCGAACGCGGUGGCGGAGAUCGUGGUGGUUUUGGCCGUGGCUUUGGCGGACGCGGUCGCGGCGACAGGGGUCGCGGUGGUCGCCGCAGAACCUCAGGGCGCCGCGACGAAGAGGAGAAGUGGGUUCCAGUGACAAAGCUUGGUCGCCUCGUGAAAGAGGGAAAGAUACGAAGCCUGGAGCAGAUUUACUUGCACUCGCUCCCAAUCAAGGAACACCAAAUCGUUGACACCUUGGUUGGCCCCUCCCUCAAAGAUGAAGUCAUGAAAAUCAUGCCGGUUCAGAAGCAAACCCGGGCCGGUCAACGCACCCGGUUCAAGGCCUUCGUUGUCGUUGGUGAUGGUAAUGGCCACGUUGGACUUGGCGUUAAGUGCAGCAAAGAAGUUGCCACUGCUAUUCGCGGUGCUAUCAUCUUGGCUAAGCUCUCUGUUAUUCCUGUUAGGAGAGGCUACUGGGGUAACAAGAUCGGAAAGCCUCACACCGUUCCCUGCAAGGUUACCGGAAAGUGCGGUUCCGUCACCGUCCGCAUGGUACCUGCUCCUCGUGGCUCUGGGAUUGUCGCUGCUAGGGUUCCUAAGAAGGUUCUGCAGUUUGCUGGAAUCGAAGAUGUCUUCACUUCCUCCAGAGGAUCUACCAAGACUCUUGGAAAUUUCGUCAAGGCUACUUUUGAAUGUCUUCUGAAAACCUACGGUUUUCUGACCCCUGAUUUCUGGAGGGAGACUCGCUUCUCCAAGUCUCCAUUCCAAGAGUACACCGAUCUAUUGGCAAAGCCAACAGGAAAGCCUUUGAUCCUGGAGGAAGAAAGAGUGGAGGCUUAAGCAUGCUAGGAAUCAGUAAUUUUAUGUUUUGAUGCUUUUGUUAUUUCCUUUUCCAUUGACGGACGCAUUAUAUUUUCAUGUGAUUUGUUUUCCAAGUUUUGUUGAUUGGAUAUUUACUGAGUUUUGAAUACCCAAAUUUUCUGCCUGAAUCACUGGGCUGUCGUUUCUAAAUUUAUAUGAAAAAAUUACAUUAAAAACAUUAACAUAUCUUUGAAAUUCGUAAAUUAGAGUAGUUGUAUUUGGUUG